CAUACAUUUUAUUCCAAUCUGAUGCUUCUUAAAGUGUGUACGUGUUCAAACACACAGUCAAUGUUCUCAGUUGACAUCAAUUAAUGUGGAAUGUAUUGCCCUCCCAGGGGCGGGACAUCCCGUAAUACUUCGUAGGCUACUUCCCACAGCUGCUAUACACGACUGCAAGUAAGUGUUUUCUAGAUUUAAUGAUUUUAAAGUGUUUUAGAAUGGUGAAUGAUAACAAUUAAAUCUAAUUUCAACUCAUUUCGGACAUUACAUAGGCACGUUAGGCUAUUUCUGGAAAAAACGUCGAUAAAGUGUAUUAUCAUGGCAACAGAUCAUUGCUCAAACAAAAAGUAAACUCGGCUACCGGGAAGCAAUCCAUUAUGAAACACAGAGAUGACUAUGCUCUUAAAUGUCACAUUUAGAGCAACACUAUUCAAAAAUUAGACCCUUUUUGAGUUAUGUUUUAUAGGCACGUUAGUCUUCAAAUUCGUUCUGAUGGUAACGUUGUAUGGCCAUGUGAAAGACGGAUAAACACACGUAUCGUUCCCAUAGCAAUCCAAGGUCCAUAGACGAGAUUUUCAUUGUCUGUGUUUUCUCGAUUGGGGCUUCACUGGUUGCGGUCCAGUGCGACUUGAUAGUCAUCGUGAAUGCUGGUGAAGCCCCCGAUUCAGUUCCAGUUCCCUUUAAGCUACUAAACUAGAAUUCUUGCGUAUGUGCCAGGUUGCCGUACGUAUUUACAGAACUAUGGUAAGCCGAAAAUGCACCAGGAUGUACGGAAGUCGAAAGGUUCAAGAAGCAUUUUCUAGCCUAUUGGAGCAAUACAUAUUGUGUAGUCCAUAUGUAUGAACACAUGUUUGUGUUCUUAGGCUAUAUAUUUGGACUUUGCCUACUAUAUUUCACAUUUGAUGAGUUUAGGUUUAUUUAUAUAGCACAUUAUUAUACAAAGGGCAUCCAAUGUGCUAUGCACUUUAGGCUCAAGAGACUUUAAGCUCAAGAGACCUAAAACUUUGGCACUAGGAAAUAUAAAAUAAACAGUUGGGCAAAAAUGAAAAAAAAAAAAAAAACGUAGUCCUAGUGUUGUAAAAUAAAACACUAACGCUAUAAAGCAAUCACUUUAAACUCACAUACGACCGUCAACUGAUUCAUUGUUUUUGAUUCAUUUUGGUUUGAGUCAGUUUUUUAAGCUUCUUUUUAAAACAAGGGGCAGAUCUGAUCUCCAUGAGGAGCUGGAUACGGCAGUGGACAGCAUAACGACUAAAUGCCAUUUCACCCUGUUUAAUUUCGACUCUGGGAACCGCUAGUUGACCAUCUCCUGCAGCUCUAAGGGACCUACCAGGCUUAUAUUUGACACACAUUUCAGAGAUGCAUUUAGGGUCCAUACCAUUAAGUGACUUAUAGACAAUUAGUAAUACUUUGAUUUUAAUUCUGUAUCUAACUGGGAGUGGGUGCAGACCUGAGAUUUGGAGUAAUGUAGUCUCUUUCCUAGUAACUGUUAAUUUUAGCUGCAGCAUUCUGAAUUAGCUGUAGCUGUCUAAUGGGCUUUUGGGAUGGCCAGUGAGGAGAGCAUUGCAGUAGUCAUCCCUGCAGGAUACAAAUGCAUGAAUACAUUUCUCUAAAGCUUGCAAAGACACACACUCUUUGAGAUGCCAAAAUGCUGUUUUGGCUAUAGCUUCGACGUGGUCACUAAAACUAAGGCCCCCAUCCAUGAGUACACCAAGGUAUUUGACAUCGGUUGCAGUUUUUAGUGCCGUAGACUCCAGAUCGUUUCUGAAAGGCAAGCUGAGCAUGGCUGAGGGAUCCACUCUCCAGAAAAGGUACCAGGCCUGCAUGAUCCUCAGUGGAGCUGGCGAUGCUCUGGGCUACAACAAUGGCGACUGGGAGUUUGAGUCAAAUGCUGAAAAAAUCCAUAAGGAGGUAGCAGAGAAAGGGGGCUUGGCGAAACUGGACAUCAGAAAUUUUCCUAUCAGUGACGACACGGUCAUGCACCUAGCAACAGCUGAUGCCUUAGUGAAGACUGGAGGCGCAUCGCUUAAAGACUUGUAUGGCGCACUGGUCAAAGAGUACAUAAAGUGUAUGGAUGAUAUGUCUGGCAGGGCCCCAGGUUUCACAUGCAUAAGUAGCACCACCUAUCUAAGGGGCCACCCGGAGGGGAACUGGAGGAUCCCUUUCAGCAAAGUUGGCGGGGGCUGCGGGGCAGCCAUGAGGGCCAUGUGCGUGGGCCUGCGCUUCCCCGCGCCGGAGCAGGAGAACCACCUGGUGGCCGUGAGCGUGGAGAGCGGCCGCAUGACCCACCACCAUCCCACAGGCUACCUGGGAGGGCUGGCCGGUGCGCUCUUCACGGCCUACGCGGUCAGGGGAGAGCCCCCAGUGGAGGCCUGGGGCCAGGGCCUGAUGGAGGUGUUGAAGCGGGCCAAGGAGUACGUGAAGCAGACAGGGCAUUGUGUUGAAGAGAACCUGGAACACUGGAACUAUUUUGAGGACAGCUGGAGAAUUUACCUUGGGCAGAGGGGAAUCCUUGAAGGGACUGGAAAAGCUCAGUUCCCAGAUGACUAUGGAGUGCCGGCGAGGGAGGUUUUCUACAAAUCGGUGAGCCACAGAGGAACAGGUGGUGCCAGCGGGCACGACGCGCCCAUGAUCGCCUACGAUGCCCUCCUGCGGGCCGGGGACUCGUGGACCGAGCUGGCCAAUCACGGCUUCUUCCACGGAGGUGACAGCGACUCCACUGCCGCCAUCGCUGCUGCCUGGUGGGGUGCCCUCUACGGGUUUCAUAACGUGCCCUCCAAAAACUACAAAGGCCUUGAGUACUACAAACGCCUAUCCAAUGUGGCAGAUGCGCUCUACCAGCUGCGGGAUAAGCCACUUUCAUGAAACUUUGCCAGGGAAAGGUGGCAGGAUUCUGGAUGACAUAUUGCCCUGCUCUCAUCAACCUCGGUGUCCAAUGAUUGCUAACAUAUCCAAUAUGUAACCAACAUUUAGGAAUGUUAACUCUUCUAUAGAAAUGUAAAUGCCACUUCAAAUUGUAUUGAUUUAUUUCCCUUGGUUACUAUACAGACACAUUUAAUUUUUUAAUGUAUGUUUUGCACACAUUUAAAUUUAAACAUGUAUUCCUCACAAA